CUUCACAUGCAUCCUCUUUUCGCAGCCAGUUCGCCUGACUCGCCCGCUCCAAUAUGCUAUGACGUCACGCGUCCUCCAUCUCGGACUUCUGUGCGGUGCAAAUUUGCUGAAACGACUCAUGAAGCAGCUUCUUCCACUCCUCGCUCGACAAAAAAUGGUGAGGCCGUUCCGGCUCAUGUCCUCGCGGAACCCGCGACAGACCCGCCGACUUUAGGCAAAUUAGUUCUAAAGUCCGAUCGAUUCCCCUGGGAAGUCAUCGUCACCGCUGGUUGUGCCGAAGCACCUUCCGUUAAUUCGCGCCCAGUAGUAACGAACAACGACGUCCUUCAUGCACUGCACCGCACCCUCCACGCUCAUGUCCUCCACAGCGAGUGGGACACUCUCGACUCGGAUCGCUCUAGGCAGCGCCGCGUCAGUCGCGCAUAUCAAAGACAAGGAAGAGAAGAACAAGAAGGUGUGAGGAGGGUAGAUUGGCUUAUGGGCCGAACGAGAUUCGUAGGGGUUGUCGUCGAGAGGAGUGCUGGUGUUGGUGGGUCGUCGGAUGGCUUGAAAGGUGUAGGAAAG